GAGCCAUAAGUACCAAUAUUAGAAGCUAAAGUAAUUGCUAACUGGUUAAACCAUACUUACAGUUUUCUUAAAACCGAGCAUGUAUGAACCUUCUUUUAUUCUCUCUUUUUAGGGAGAAGAAAAGAAGGCGAAUAGAGGAGCUGGCUCAGUCUCAGAAAAAGGCUGUGGAUGGUGGGAAUGAGGACAGUCAAGACUGGGAUGGUCGCUGGAACCAUGUGAAGAAGUUCCUGGAAAGGUCUGGACCGUUCACUCACCCUGACUUUGAGCCAAGCACAGAGUCGCUACAGUUUUUAUUAGAAUCAUGCAAGAUUCUAGUGAUCGGAGCUGGAGGCCUGGGAUGUGAACUUCUGAAAAAUUUGGCUCUCUCGGGGUUUCGAAAAAUUCACAUUGUGGAUAUGGACACAAUUGAUGUCUCUAAUCUGAACAGACAGUUUCUUUUCAGGCCUAAAGAUGUAGGUCGACCAAAGGCAGAUGUUGCAGCUGACUUUAUCAACAGUCGUGUCCCAGGUUGCAAUGUGGUUCCACAUUUUAAGAAAAUACAAGUCUUUGAUGAGUCAUUCUAUCGACAGUUCCAUAUAAUUGUAUGUGGGCUGGAUUCCAUCAUUGCUCGGAGGUGGAUAAAUGGCAUGCUGAUGUCCCUGCUGAUUUAUGAGGGUGGUGUCCUGGACACCUCCACCAUCAUACCACUCAUAGAUGGAGGCACAGAAGGUUUCAAAGGCAACGCACGUGUCGUACUUCCUGGCAUGACUGCGUGCAUUGACUGCACACUGGAGCUCUACCCACCUCAGAUUAAUUUCCCCAUGUGCACUAUUGCGACCAUGCCUCGAUUACCUGAGCACUGCAUUGAGUAUGUCCAUAUACUCCAAUGGCCCAAAGAGAAGCCUUUUGGAGAUGGAGUGGCACUGGAUGGGGACGAUCCCCAGCACAUCCAGUGGGUGUUCCAGAGGUCGCAGGAAAGAGCCGCCCAGUUCAAUAUCACAGGAGUGACUUACAGACUUACCCAGGGGGUUGUGAAAAGAAUAAUCCCUGCAGUUGCAUCAACAAAUGCAGUCAUUGCAGCGGCAUGUGCCUCCGAAGUUUUCAAGAUAGCCUCAAGCACUUACAUUCCACUGAAUAACUACCUGGUGUUCAAUGAUGUUGAUGGCCUAUACACUUACACAUUCGAAGCAGAGCGAAAGGAGAACUGUUCGGCCUGUAGCCAGGUGCCACAUGAUCUGCAGUUUCCCUCCUCUGCCAAGUUGCAGGAUGUGCUGGACUAUCUGAUUGAAAGCACUGCUCUACAAAUGAAAUCUCCUGCAAUCACAGCAACUAUGGAAGGGAAAAACAAAACACUAUAUUUACAGACUGUUGCAUCCAUUGAAGAGAGAACACGUCCAAAUCUUUGCAGAACACUGAAAGAACUGGGCUUGACUGAUGGACAGGAACUGGCAGUAGCAGAUGUCACCACUCCUCAAACAGUCCUCUUCAGACUUAACUACACCUCAUAGACUGUAUAGAGCCAAACAUCUGAGCAGCACUUGAAAUGAGAAAGCCGCCAAAUGCCAUCUGUACCUUAAUCUCUCGCUGUAGAUUACAAUAAGAAAAGGCACAAGGUGAUGCCACUUGGAUGUAUUUUUACAUGUACUUAAAUACUGUCAUGUACAAGCGUCUCCAGAAACCAAAGGAUAAACACAAGAAACAUUUGUAGUCAAUACAGUGUUUUAAAUUACUGAGUGAAUUGAUUGCCCUGUAUUUUUGGUUGUCCUCACUUUACAUUUUCACAUCAGCAAACUACAGGUAAAUGUUUUCAAGCACUUUGGUCACUGAACUGGUUAACUUUUGGAUGGUCACAAUGGUCCGAUUUAUGUGAACAUCAUUAAUAUUUAACUGUGUUCCACUUUGAUGUGUUUCAUAAGUGAUGCACAAAUAAAUGUUUAUACUUUCCAUUAUACUAAUGUAUUGUCUUAAGGGUGGGGGCAAUGUUUUAGUUUUAAUUUUACAGCAGCAGAAGAGUUAUACUAUCAGCAAGUGCAAUUUUGGUGGCUUCUUUGACAU